GGAACAGGCCUGAUGAAGAAAAUAAAGCAAGAACAUUCGACGUAAAAACUACCCAAGGCACAUGCUGCGAUGUACACAAUUGAAAGGAUGUAGAAAAUCGAAAGGAUUGAUGUUAACACUACUCACCAUUAUUUGUUUUUUUGUGAAACUGUACCUUUUUAAGAAAACAAAUCCCCGAAACAGCAGUCAUUAUUACCUUGCUCUGUUCAGGCGAAAUGGGAACCUUCCACUUUUACACCAAAAUUGUGGAAAGCCCUUCACCAAAAGGUACAAUUUUGGAAGAGGCACACACAGAUGUGAUGACAGUGGAAGUGUCCACCAGAGAAAGAGAAGGAAGACCAUCCUCUUUGUUACUCGGUUUAGCCUAACCGGUGGUGCGAAAGAUGGAAAACGGGGGAGAAGCGUCACUAGGGGACUCCCACGCCGCACCUGUUUGAGGCUGACCAGUGGGGAGGACCAGUAUAAUUCAUUUGGAGGGGCGGCCCAUGAGGUGAACAUAAACGGGGGAGGCGGCAAUGGGGAAAGCGCCAACGGAGGAAGCGCCAACGGAGGAAGCGCCAACGGGGAAAACCCCAAUGCGAAGGGGGACCCCCCCCAAAUCAGUGGCAACAGGAAAAAAAAAAAAACAAACUUCAAAUUCACAUCGUGGAACAACACCAACGAAAUGAACAGCUUCGACCUCGAGAAGUACAGCAAGCACAACGAGCCAGUGAGCGGUGAAGACUUCUCCCCAGUGUUUCAGUCCGCCUACUACUCCGCCAAGAGGACUUCCGAAAAACCUAGUGCCAAUCACUCCAAUAUAAUAAUUAAUCAGGAGAUAGUCAAUGCCCUGUCCGUCGAGGAGCUCUUCGACGUCCUUAACAAGCACAGCGAAAGCGCCAAAACGGACGCGGAAAAAAGAAAAGUUUUUAAUGAGGUUAACAUCGUGACGGCUUAUCACCGUAUAGCCAAACAUGUGAAGAAUAAAAAUUACCGCUGGAGGGGAGAAGGCAGGGGGAGACAGGGGGGGGCCGCCAGCAGCGACUUCGACCCGGUGACCUUCAGCCUCUUCGAGACGUAUUCCCCGGCGGGGGGGUGGCACCAAAGUGGGGGGCGGCCAAGUGGGGAGCGGUCAACUGAGGAGUGGCCAUCUGAGGCGCAGCCAACUGGGGAGCUACCAUCUGAGGAGCAGCCAACUGGGGAACUUCCAACUGGGGAGCUUCCAACUGAGCAGACACAGCGCGAGGAGGACCGCCCCCCCUGCAACAACCACGCGAAUCUGCUCACCAGACGCACCUACAGCAGCAUCUACGCCCUGAUGAAGCAAACCCUGCUGACCAACGCGCCCGUAAUAACAAAGCACGUGGCGAACAUCGCAUGGGCUUCAGCCAUCCUGUCCAACCGAGAAGUGGACUUAUGGCAAAAUAUAAAAAAAAGAUUUUUCCAAAAUGCCAACAAUUUCAAGGCACAAGAAAUUUCAAUUAUCCUUUGGUCCUUCAGUGCAAUCAAGUGCGAACUGAUCACCACGCAGGAGGAGUUCAUCUCAGUGAACAGCUGCUUGGUGAAGUACCUAAAGGAACACAAAUUUAAGGCCCAAGAAUUUAGCAACGUCAUCUGGGCUAUUGCCACCUCUGGCUGCUGUAACUACGACCUGUUAGUAAGUCUCUAUAAUUAUGCGUUGGACAUUUUCGAUUCGCUGCUACUGAAGGAUGUGGCCACCAUUUUGUAUAGCCUCUCCAUUUUUGCAGCCGACUCGUCUAAUAAAGACAUUCUGCAUGUCGUUAGGGAGAACCACCUGAGGAAAUUUGGCCUGGAGGAAGACUACCUAACGAUUAGCAAACUUAACACGGGUCCCACAAAUGGGUUGCACAAUCCGUUCGGCAAAAAAUUCAGCCAUUUUGAACGAACCAGUGGGGACCCACUUUCGGACGGCACCCCUAGCAGUUUAGUCACGAAGAAGAACACAACUAGCGAUAAAAAGUACGCCGCCUUUCUCCUGUUUGAAAAUUUUUUGGUAUACUCCCUGGAGAGGAUUGCCAAGGAGAAGGACAAAAUGACCAUGCGCACGUGGUCCAGCAUUUUUUGGCCCUGCGCGAAUGUCGGCUUGGGUCUCUACAGGGAUGUGCCCGCGCAGCACAGGUUGCGCUACUAUGGGGGCGGAGGUGAGGGGAGUGCCCUUCAUGGAGGUUGUGCCGAUCGGGGGAGCGGGGAGGCGAACGCGGCCCUUCGGGCGGAUGCCCCCGAGGAAGCCGCUCCUCCCCCCAACUGCAAGCCGUAUGUCCACAUCAUCGACGGGGAGUACGUCUUCCCCCUGAUGGGGGAGGAGAAGCCGCACCAGAAGGGAUGUGCCCAGUUGAACCAGAGAGAAAUGGCUGACCUUGGGAUAGGCGUCCCUCUAGAUAUAUACAACAGGAAGGAGAACAAAGCGGGGCAUUCCUCCUCACAGAAGACUCACGUGAAGGCAUGGGAUGGCAACCACGUCGAGGCGGCCAACGGCCAAGCAGUGGGGAGAAGCGACACUGUGCAGGUGAACGGAUUGGAGGAAACGCACAAUGGGAAGCAGUCUAUCGAUGCGAAUGGCAGUCUCCCUAGGGGGGACCCAAACGAGGAAAAACACGCUAACUCACCAAUCAGCGAAAUGAACAAACCUGUUUGGAACGCCCCCCUCGGAGGUAGCACACCGACCAGUGUAGGGAAGAAGAGCCCAGAAGAGGAACCACCCCAACGGAGAAGUAACCCCAAGGGGGGGAAAAUAGACGAGGAGAAAUAUGCCAGAUUUAUGAAUCACCUAAGUGACAAAGCAGAAGAUGAAAGUUUAUAUAACGACACAAACGGGAGCAUGACGAUGGUAAAAUUGCUAAACCUGUUCCACUCCCAUUUGAAAGAAAAAGUUAUAAAGUGGACCAAAUGUGAAGUGCAGUCCAUCGCCAACAUCCUGUGGAGUCUUUCCAUCCUGAAUCUCUUCCCCAGCAGCAUUUUUGAAAAUGCCCUGCACGAAUGUAAUAAGAGGUUUAUAAAAUAUGGGAAAAAAAAAAAUUCUAGCAAAUUGCAAUUUUUCAUCUCCCAGAUCCAUCAGUCGCAGCUGUACCAGGCCGCGUUUGCUUACUGCUUGUUUAUAAUGAGGAAAAACUCAAAGGAGGGGGGUGCACAAAUGGGGAGAAGAUAUGAACAGGCGGUGAAUCCAAAUGACCGUAUAGACAAUAAUGCCUCGCUGAAGAGACAGAUACAAGCUACAUUUGACAAACACUUUAAAGUCUCCCUGAACACGUUAAAUAUAUGGAAAAAACAGCUAGCUAGAAAUCAGCGAAGAGAAGAAAAAAACCAAAUCUCUUCAUCUGUGCAUAAGAAAAUUUCGAACGAUUUGAGGCACCUUAGCAUUUUCCACCACAACGAGUACUUCAUUUUGGACUCCCUGCUCGUGGAUGUGUACGUGCCCCGCUCGAGGGUCGUCAUCGAAAUAGACGGACCCAGCCAUUUCCUCCAAAAGGGGAGACUCAUUCUGUACAACCCCAAUUCGCUGUUCAAGAAGAGGCUGCUCAGGGCGCUUGGCUUCUCCGUCAUUUCCAUUUCGAUUAGCGACCACACGUUCAUGUUCAGCGCCUUGAAUACGCUCAGCUUUGUGAAGCAGUUCCUGAGCAACGUGAACUUUGGCAGAGACGGCUAG